AUGAGCGAUGGUGCAUCGGGGAGCAGCAGUGAAUCAGAGAGCAGCUCGGAGUCUGACACCGACGAAUCCGAGAGCAGCUCCAGUGACAGCGAGUAUAAUCAGGCAUCCCGCACAAACACCCCCGAGCCCGAGCCACCCUCGAGUAACAAGUGGCAGCUGGACAGCUGGUUGAAUAAAGUCCAAACCCAGUCCAAACCCCUGGUUCCACCACAGCAAGAGCAUCAUGGUGCAGGCUCCGUCAGCCAAGAUCCUCAGACGUUCUCUCCGAGGAGCGAGGCACCGGGAGCGGGCACAGCUGCGAAGACCAAGCCUUGUGGAUCCAGCAGCACAUCUGCUCCAGCUGUGCCCGUGGUGGAGCACAAGGAUACAAGGGCAACCUUCUGCACCAGCAGAGAGAAGGCCAAAGCCAAGAUCAACCAGAAGGCCUCGGGGGAAGGCCAGAGGUCGAAGGUGAGACUGUCGCCGGGCUUGCUGUCGGGGCAGGAAGUGGCAACCCCGAGGAGGAACACCACCGGGAAAAAACAGCCGCGGCGGACGGAGAGGUCCAACAGCGUGGAGGAUGGACAAAAUCAGACCUGGAGCAGGGCAAAUCAGCACAGCCCCACAGCCAGAGAGAAGGACCUGUUGCCUCCCCCUUCCCUGGAGCACCAGAACCCCCCGAAGCCGCGAAGUAAACCUCCCAGUGGGAAAACGGCUCCGAGGAAAGAGCCUCGCAGUGCUGCCAACGCGUUGCAGCAACCCCCUGCGCCAGUGCCUGCUGCUGCUGCCAGCCAGGAUAAGAGGAAACACAGAGGCCCGAGCACCAGGAUCACGCCAAAGUCCAGGGAAUUCAUCGAAACCGACUCCUCCUCCUCCUCGUCCGAAUGCCAGUCCGACGCGGAGGACGCCAUCAAAAUCCCCGCCCUGCCGCCCCAGCCCGUGCGCUCGGCGCUAAACGCCCAAACCCUGUCCAACACGCACGCGCACACGCCUCUCCCCCCCUGCCUCGGCCCCGCUGGUGGCGUGGGGAGCGCCGAGACGUUCGGGGGGGCGGGUAUCCGGGUCAAAGACGGUAGCGGCGUGAGCGCCAACGGUAGCAGCGGUAAUAACGGUAGCGGCAUUGGCGGUAGUAACGCCAACAGCAGUAGCUGUAGCUCCCUGAGCAUUAGCAACAUAAGCGGCUCCUUUGGGAAUUCCGUUCCUGACCCGGGAGGGAUGGGAGGCCAGGGCAAGGACCCGGAGGCCAUGUCGCCGACUUCAAACGAGGGCCACGACGCGCCCCUCUCCCCUCUGAGGGACUACCACGAGAUUCAGAACCUGUGGGUGAAAAUCGACCUGACCCUGCUCAGCCGGGUGCCCGGGCAGGGAGUCGGGGACAGGUCCCGGGCGGGAAGUGCGGAAACGGACGGGAGCGACGGGAGAGAAAGAGGCGUGGGGGAAAGGGAGAAGCAGAAGCCGGCGAAAGGGGAGAGGCCGCAAGAAGAACAGGACAGGCCGGACAGGGAGAGGCAAGGGGACAGAGAGCGAAUAGCGGAGAGGGACAGGCAGGCGGAGAGAGAAGACAGGGAGAGAUUUAGUUUUGGAGAGAGGGAGAGGCCGACAACAAGGGACAGAGACAAGGUUUGCCAAGGCCUCGGGGCCCUGGACAACCCACCUGUGCAGGAGCAAAGUCAUCCCAGGCUGACCGGUAGGGCAGAGAGAGGGGAGAAUGGGGGAAAACACCGGAGGCAAGCAGCUGCCAACAUGGCCACCCCGACAGAAAAACACACCAGCAAGAGCAAGAGGAAACACAAGUCGGACCACGGAGAGCCAUCGGUCAAGUGCAAUAAGAAGCUGCGUCUGGACAAAGACCGUCUGCUUCUCCCACCCUGCAUCUCCCCGGUACACAACCACAAGGGCAGCUCCACAGACCCUCUCAACAGGAAGCAGGCUCGGCGGCGCGACGAGAAGCUGCUCCCCCCCUUGCUGUCGCCCCUCUCCGACGAGCCCCCCCGGAAACGAGCCUGUGACGGCGCCUCGUCUCUCGGCGAGGAGGGCGGGCCCGCCGGGGUGCCGCCCAGCUCCUCCACCUCCACCUCGUCUUCCUCUCACAGACACAGGAGGGGGGACGGAAAAGCCUCCUCCAGUGCCAGAAACGGCACCGAAAUGGAUUCCCAUGCUGAUAAACCUUGCGGAGACGGUUACCAUGCCAACGGCCACUCAGACUCCGAGGUGUGGUCGGAGCCUCUGAUGGACGCCGCCGAACCUCGCAGGCCGAGACUUUCAUUUAGCGACACAGUCCACAGCGCAGACUUCUACAUGCAGGAAGCAAAGAGACUGAAGCACAAGGCUGAUGCUUUGAUGGACAAGUUUGGCAAAGCUGUGAACUACGCAGACGGCGCCCUGUCCUUCAUAGAGUGUGGUAACGCCAUGGAGCGAGACCCGCUAGAGGCCAAGUCGCCAUAUACAAUGUACUCAGAGACUGUGGAGCUUAUCAGGUACGCGAUGAGGUUGAAGAACUUCGCCAGCCAUUCAGCCACCGUCUUCGAGAAGAGACUGGCUGUGCUGUGUAACCGCUGUCUGUCUCUGCUGUAUCUGAGGAUGUUCCAUCUGAAGAAAGACCACGCUGUCAAGUACUCACGGUCGCUCAUGGAGUACUUCAAGAAUUCAGCCAAGAGUUCCCACCAGGCACCUUCUCCAUGGAGGACCAAUGGAAAGGUCAACGGGACUCCAUCACCCCUCUCGCUUAGCCCCUCUCCAGCCAGCAACGGAGGAGGAGGCGGGGCGGGGUCAACGGGCAGCGUGGCCAUUCCCCAGAGGAUUCACCACAUGGCUGCCAGUCAUGUCAACAUCACCAACAACAUCCUGCGGAGCUACGAGCACUGGGAGACUGCUGACCGACUGGCCGCUGACAGCCAGGACUUCUUCCAGGAGCUGGACUCCGUCAUGGAGUCGAUGAGUCAGCAGAGCAGCAUGACCGAGCUGGUGCGCUACAUCAGACAGGGACUCCACUGGCUCCGCAUAGAUGCCCACCUGUUGUAAAGACUGGAAACGAAAUGGGGAAAAGCCAACAAAACAACGACAUAAAAAAAGAGGGAAAAAAAUGCCAUGGGAACUAGAACUGGGGUAACAAGUGAGGUGAGACGUAGAACGCCGGUUCACUGCCCACUCUGGCCCUUUGAAAGGGGUCACCGUUAAUGGACUGAACCCAUUAACCGGCCCGAAACGCACACGCGAUUCCCCCGAGUUUAGGAAUGUGUCUAAAUCGAGGAAUUAGGCCAAUUAGCAUGCGAAGCAUACAGAUGCUGAGUCACCGUAUCCGUCCCGGAAGCUCAAGCUCCCGAGGAGACGGUAAAAGUUGCACACAUGUCUGAGGCUGUGAGGGGUCGAAAAGAACAAGAGAGAUUAAUGUUUUUACACGUAGUUUGACAAUUUAAUCUAAGAAAUAAUUUUUGAUAAACCACAAGUAUGAGCCAUUUGUGGCCAGCAUUACAGGAAACAGCAUACGGAUUCAACACCAUUACAAUAACUAUAUUCGAAGUAAGAAAUUGCAUAGGCACUUUUACUUAUUUAUUUAUUUAUUUAUUUGACUUCAGAUGAGCUGAAAAUGUCGAUGUGUAUUAUACAUGAGAAAAAUGAAUUUUUCCAAGGGAAGGGGCAAAUUUCAUGGUGCAUAUUACAUGCAAUUACUGCUGGGAGCCCAUACAUUACAGUACACAUAUUUAGCACCAAGGAGAUGUUCAUUAAAUGUCAGUUGGGCACUUUGACAGAAACAAUUUGCAAUUUCAUGGGAGGAAUGUAAAACAGAGUCACAAUGAUGCUAAUUCUUAACAUAACAAAAUUCAAUUUGAAUUUUGUCAAACAGUGUUUAGUCCUCUUUAGUCCUGCUAACACUGUAACAUCUGGCUUCUGUGUAGAAUUGGAAAGCAUAUAAUUGGCAUCCAUUCCCACAUAAAAAAAACUGUAAUAAUGUGGGAAAUAUUGAAUAGGCUUGAAUUAGCAGCUGUACCCACAUUAAUUUAGUCAUUUUCUUACACUACUUUUGGCACAGUGGUAUUUGGUCAUGAGGUACUAAAACUUCUCACUGAAUAAAACCUGUUUUGUAGCAUUUUUUACAACAGUUUGAGGAAAAUACACCGUGCUGAGUUGUUAGAUUUGGGGCUCAUUAUUAAUGGCGCUGAAAAGGAUUAACCUUUUCAGCUCUAACUGUGUAUUUUCACAUUUAAAUAACUACUAAGACUUGUUCAAAGAGGGGUUAUUUAUUUUCAGGAGCCAGCUCUUCUUCUCCAGUCAUCGUGAUGUAAAGCUAGACCAAAAUCUUCCUCUUCGUCCAAUGGCGUUCACCUUAAAUAUUUCAGAGGAGCUCCAAAUGGGGGGGAUUCAGUGAUCAUAAGUGAAUUGGUUCAUUUGACCCCCUAUAACCAGCCAAAUAGUAUCUUCCUUUCUCAAAUGGCUACAGUCAGUCAGUCAAACAGGCUGCCAGUAGGUCCUGUAAGUGCAGAGGUCUGAAAAACGACAGCUUGGUUUGGUGGUCCCAAAUAUGAGGGCUUUUUUUUUCCCCAAUCAUUUUUUUUUGUUUUUUUGUUUUUUUUCCCUCUCUUGGUGGUUUUGAGCUUUUGUGAAAUUACACUCAGUUCUAGUUCCCAUAGUAACCCACCCACUGUGGUGUCAAAUAUUUACCGGGGACUAAAAGAUUCAGUAUGAUACGGCUCUAAUUAAGCCACCACCCAUGUGCGGCGCGGGGAAGUGCGCAGAGAAUUCUUGCGUCGGCUUCUCUGCCCUGAUGUCAAAGUGAAUCUGUGACUUUGUACAGCUCUUAAUGAGAUCAAAUCAACUGCCGGGUAUCUUGUAGUCAUUUCCCAACAUUCGUUGUGUAGUGUUGUUUGUGUGUAUACGUGUACAGACGAUUGUCAAGUGUAUCUAAAUCAUUACCUUAUCGAACAAUAAUGAUGUUUGUGUACCAUAAUGUACAGACUGUGGCUCCUGGAACCAGUGUUGUUUUUUUGUUUUUUGUUUUUUUUUGUGUGUGUGUGUGUCUUGUAAAUGAUUCUGUGUGAACGAAUGAGGGAGAAAAACUAGAAGAUUGGCUACCUUCGAAUGUCUGUGUGAGUCGUGUGUGUGUGUGUGUGUGUGUGUGUGUGUGUGUGUUUGUGUGUGACCAUGCACACAGCAGCAAACAUAAGGGGGCUUUUAACUCUUUGUGGUGCGUUCCCAACAGCGUUUCCCGUGUGUUGUCGCAUGUGCCACAGAGUCUCAAAAUCUGCUCGUCAUGGUUUCUGUAAUGACCAUUAGAUCGUUUUACCAUCGCUGAAUGUGUAUGGAAGACAAUGUGGAUGUGGAAAUUCAUUUUCACUUUAUCAAAAAAAAGAGAAAAAGAAAGAAAAAAAGAAAGACAGAAGGAAACUCAAGUGCCUCUAUUUGUGUCCACUUGGAAUUGCUCUAUUUAUUUAAAACAAAGAAUGGAUCUAAAUAAUUUUCCAUACCAUAUUGGUAUAAAUAUGAGAUUGUUUUUCGUAAAAUCAGAUGUUUCCAUAAGCUUUUUACUGGUGUUUAUGAUGACACCAGGGUUUGGCUUUAAGACAAAAACGUGAGAUUCAAGGGUUAGCGUUAGGGUUGAGUUAGCAUCUGUUACUAUCAUUUCUUUUCUUAAUGAUUUCAACAAGUCUGGGUUUGUCUGAAAUGCCUGAAACUUUCAAGUCAUUGCAUGCAAUAAACCGUAGCUUCAGACCAAGAACUUCUUGUAUCAAUUUCAAGAAAGUAAAAAGGAAACUGUGUGCUUCUUGUUGCAUAAGUCAUUAACAGUGUGAAUGAUCCAUGUCACCUGAAGAAAGCUGCUUUCAAUACACACCAAUACGUUUAACAGUCUAAAGGAAAGAACACAACAAAAUCCCUUGAUGGUGAAACCAUGAAGAGGAAGGAUAGAACCCUCAUGACUUCUAAUUAAAAAAAUAGCUGCAUCACUUAGCUUAGCUUAGCUUAGCAUACAGAAAUGCAAUGGGCAAACGGCAGGCCUUGAUUUAACCAAAUGUGAAUCCAGUGAAAUGUUAAACAUUCUGUGCCCAGCCUUGUCCAAAUUUUGGAAAAGUACAAAAAGGCACAUAGUACUUAUUUUUCAGUGAGACUGGACUGCUUGAAAUCGAUAGGCGAAUGCCUACCCCGUCCCAAUCCAAAACUUAGCUUAGCUAAUCAGCAUCAUUUGCUAACUAUUUGUGGUUCCAUAGAGAUGCAAGAUUUUUUUUUUUUCUUCUAAAGGAAAAACAAAGCAGCAGAUGCACAUCCAAAUUCCUAUCAUUUGAUACAAAACAUUUUUUUAUUUUUUUAUGGAGUGUCCCUUUAGCCAACAAAUCUCCAUAACCAUCUGCAAACAAAACCCCCAAACCAACUCUCUUUGACUUCAUUUGUUACGAACCUCUACCUGAUUCACAGUGUUGCUCAUUUCAUAUCAAUAAUAUUUGGUGUUUUUGUUUUUUUACAGUAAAACAGUGAUGUGGAUGUAUGACUUUUGUUUGUUUCAAUGGUCCCUCAUUUCGGGUAUAUGCAGCAAAAUAAUAUACAAUAAUUUGCAGUAAAAACUCAUAGCAUUGCAUUAGCAUUAGCAAACAUGCACCAAUUAAUUCCCAUUCAUGCAAAAGAUCAUUUAUAUGCAAUGUGAAUAUGUGAGUAUACAUUUUGGAAGCAGAUUUCUUUUAGCAUGCCUGGUUAUACUGCUAUAUCUUAUUAGAUAUCUCAUUGGUUACUAUUGCAUUGUUGCAGUUGUCAACAUGUUGUUGAAAGGCAGCAGUGACAGAAAUAUAUAUCACUGUGGUAGCUAAUAGCAAGCUAAACACGCUGAUUCAUUGCUUAAGAGCAAAUGGGAACAAGCCAAUAUACAUGGAUAGGCUCUCCAAGGGAUAUUUGUUUGAAGUAUAGAUAUAUUUUCAUUAAUUCGUGAGAUUGCCAAAACUGCCUCUAAAAGCAAACCACCAGUAUUGGUCCCUUCACAGUCCUUGUUUUUUUUUCUGCCAGUACAGACAAACUUCUAGAUAAUACCAAUUAAUAUAAUGUAUAACCUAUCAUCCUCUUAUCAUAAAGAGGUAAAUGAGAGUUUUGUCAAAUCUGUGCAAAUAGGAUACAGAGCAAUACAAAGUUUCAGGACUCAUAUUUUACAAAAACGUGCUAAUACACUUGUUUAAUAACUGUUUAAUAACAGCUUAAUAGAGUUAAAUCCACUGUUGUGCUCAGUAUGUUGCAACAGACUCCAAUUCAAACUAGAGAAGAGUUAGUCAUUGUCAUGUUUUGCAUUGUCAAGGCCUAAGAAAGUAGUUUUGAUGCACCAGCACACCACAGCAGCCAGCGAUGUUACAAGGUGCCAAGCACAAAGCCGACAUCAAAUCUUGGGGCGGCAGCCAUGACAGCAUGCCUACUCAGCCUGCUCUACGCUGUCUUUUAAGCAUUUCCACCAGGGGCCAGCCCCACUAAACAGUUGCAACCUUAGCACCUACUCAGUUGGGGUUCUAUCAGGGCUGAGUAGGGCUGCCGGGUGCUGAUUGGCCGGGAAAUCAGAUGAUUGGAUAGCGAGUACUAACUGAAGCCAUCCCUGUGGUUUAAAAAAAAAAACAGCAACAGCAAACGUCUGAUUUCAUUACUUCUAUUGUCAUAAACAUUGUAAAUGCCUAACACACGACGGUAAAUAGUUGCCGUCAUUGUUGUUGUGUCGGCCCGGCUUUUUGUUUGGCCGUAAUUUGGAAUGUAAUUACCAUUCGACCUAAACCGAAUGGAGCCGUUCCAGGUUGAACUGAGCAGGCCUGAGUAGGUACUAACGGAAAAGCGCCAUUAGUCGCCUCCAUGGUAAUGUGCAACAGAUUUUGAUCUGCACCAACAAAUUAAAAUACCAUAGCAGUAUCCAAUUGUUUAAUAACUGACUAAGUAUUGUAACAUUUCUAAAAAAGAGGCUUUCAAACUAGUAUUUUUGACCUGUAGCUUGUAGAAGAUUGUUACACUAAUAGCUUGUUCGCUAAUGUUAAUACUUUCUUCGAGGGGGAGGACUGAUAUUGGGAUAUUUUUACUGGUGUUUUAAUUUGGUUCUUGUUUACAUUUAGAACAUAAACCAGCUACAUGAUAGUUGUUUUGGUUUGUUUUUUAUUAACAAAGCAAAACAUGACUUUGACGUCCUGUCGUUAGCCAAUUGGUCAUUAAUCUGACACUGGGCCACUCCAAGUAAAACAAGGGGGUUAUUAGCCUUGCAUAACAGAGCUAAAAGGGUAGGACUAUCUUUAUGGAUAGCUCAAAUAAAAAAAAAAUAAAAAAACUUGAUCACAAAUUCACAGACAGGUUGUAUAAUAGAAUUUGUAUAUGUUACCAUCCCAAAGAAUAAAUCUGGUUGUGUUGUGGGUUAAAAUAAGUGGGUUGGGGAUGGCUGUUUAACCAUCUGCCUAGCUUUUCAAUGCCAGUAACAGAAACAGUCCC